AUGGCGGAGAGAAUAAUAAAUCUCACCCUAGAGAUCCUCUUCCGGCUUACUGGAGAGGACUGCACAGUAGUGAAGAAGACCUCUAGUGAGUGCUGUCAGGACCCUGUGUCUGAAGGAUGGGGAAGAACUCUGAGCCCAAUCAUGGGGCCUCCAUCUCAGUCCCUGAUCCAUGAGGAAAUCAAUAGAGAGAAGAUCCUAGAACUCACCAACAAGAUGAUUGAGCUGCUGACUGGCGAGGUUCCUAUAAGGUGUCAGGAUGUCACCGUCUAUUUCUCCAUGGAGGAGUGGGAGUAUGUAAAAGGACACAAAGAUCUGUACAAGGACAUCAUGAUGGUGGAUCACCGGCCUCUCAUAUCACCAGUUAUGGAAGUGAGAACAACACCCGAGAGAUGUCCCAGUCCACAUCUUCCACAGGAUAAUUCAGAAGAACAUCACUAUGUCCCACAGGAUGAUCAGGUAGAUGAAUAUGAGGACAUCAUGAUGGAGGAUCACCGGCCCCUCAUACCACCAGAUCUGGUCAGUAGUUCAUACCUUAUCCGUGGUCUGCCCGGAGCCCAUACAAACCGAGUGAAGAAGCGUUUCAGUUGCAACCAAUAG